UAUUGCAUAAGAUGAUCACAAAUCAUAAAUUAGCUGUUAUAAAAAUCCAAUCACAUUAAUAAUAAAUUAACUUAUGAAUUUGCAAUUAAACCAAAUUAUUUGGAGGAAAUUUUACGAGGAGAUUGAGUUAGAUAAACCAGAAUAAAAUUAUAUUCAAUCUCUUAUACCAAUAGAUUAAAAAGGAAUCACGAUAGAUUUAUACGUAUAUUCAAAUGUUUCAAGAAAAAUGUAUUAUAUUCAUCUAUUUGAAUCACAGCAAGAUGUAUAUAAGUAUUAAUUUAAAUUAUUUCUUAUAUUUUAGGAAGAAAUUAAAGAAUCCUUAUAAUUAAAACACUAACUAUGCAGAUAUGAUGAAAAGUACUAAAAUAAUUUAGCCAUUUUCAGAACAAAAGGAUUGAAAUUGAAAAGUAUGAGAAAAAUUAUUGAAAGUUUUGUAAAUAGUAAGCCCAUUUUAACUGGGAUAUUUGAUACCAAAUAGUAAGUAAAUAAAGAUGCUAUUAAAGAUAUUAAGAAAAAAUACAAUCACUACCUUUAAUAUUAAAUUGCAUUGGGAACCAGAAGCGACUAAACCAAUUUUAGUGGAUGACAGAAUUGCAUAUAUAAAAGAAGAAUAGAAAUUCACAUAAAAAAAGAAUGAAGUUUAAAAAUUGUCUUGGUCUUCAUAUUAAUAACAUUAGAUAGAAACAAAAAAGACUAAAGUUAUAAUAAUAGAAGAAGAUGAAUAAAAAAAAAUUGAGUUUAUAAAAAUUGAUUGA